GGGAGAGGGGAGUGGGGCGGUGGUUUUGCUGUUAGUUCAGUCAUGAUACGGAAUCUCUGAGCUGCCAACGUUUUUUCACAGCGCUAUUUAUAGAGUCGAUGCUCUACGCGCACACAUCGGCGUCACGAGAGAUGACCGACCAGUGGCUGGACACGUGGGUGUAUAUAUGUCUGGGUCUGUGUGUGUGUGUAUUCGCGUGCCGCCUUUUGCCGCUGUCACUUUCUUGCGCGCAGUUCGGCGUUGGAGUGAAGCCCGCGGUGGUGGUGGUGGCAGCAACGUUGAAAGAAUAUUCGACGGGCCCCCUCCCCCUCAUUCAUCAUCGACCACCACCGCCACCGUCGUCAUAUUAGUGUGCCUAUGUAUAGCCCGUUACAUGUAUGCGAUUCGAGGAGAGAUUAGUUCAGUAACACUGCAAGGAGGACGCUUGCCGCUCUUAAGAUGCUGCGGUAGUUUUGUUUGAUUAAAUACGUGUUUUUAAAAGUUUAGUUGACUUUACACGCGGAAAUAUAUCGGCAUAGAAAUCUCAGUUUUCUCGCAGUGCGAUUUUAAAUAAUAUCACAGUGUAUUAAUAUAUUUAGGGUUGUGUUAUUUAUUAGUACAAAGUUGCGCAUAGCAGACACACGCUAAGUUACUUGAAUGGAUAACAUCCCGUGGGCUAGGACCGAAGCCUCCAGUCGGUUUCGAAGACGGGCCAAAUAAGUGCGACAACAUGUUUGUGACUCACGAAAACUCAACCUCACAUCUGAAUGGGACUUCGGAAGGCAUCAGCGUCAGCAACGAGACGAGUCCGACCGUGGAGCCGAGAAGAGCUGUCACCUUGGCGCUGGUCCUCGGCGCAUUCAUCAUCUUUGCCAUCGCAGGCAACAUCCUGGUGGUCCUCUCCGUGGUCUGCAACAAACACCUGCGCACCGUCACCAACUACUUUAUCAUCAACCUGGCGAGCGCCGACCUCCUGCUCAGCACCACCGUGUUGCCAUUCUCGGCCACAUUCGAGAUACUGGGUUACUGGGUCUUCGGACGGAUCUUCUGUGACAUCUGGGCGGCGCUAGACGUCCUGUGCUGCACUGCCUCCAUCAUGAGCCUGUGCGCCAUCUCCAUCGACCGCUACAUAGGGGUCAGCUACCCGCUGCGCUACCCGACCAUCAUGACCGAACGCCGAGUGCUGCUCAUCCUCAUAGCCGUGUGGGUGCUGGCCAUCGUCAUCUCGGUUGGUCCCCUGCUCGGCUGGAAGGAGCCGGCGCCACCAGAUGAGACCGUCUGCGAGAUCACGGAGGUGCCAGGCUACGCGCUCUUCUCGGCCAUGGGCUCCUUCUACAUUCCGCUUGUCAUCCUGCUGGCCAUGUACUGCCGGGUGUACGUCGCGGCGCGUCGGCAGACCAAGAGCCUCGAGGAGGGCAUCAAGCGGGAGCGCUCCAGCUCUUCCGAAGAGGUCACCCUGCGCAUACACAGGAGGACCAUCGCUCCGGGGGAAUACUCGCUCAGGGACACCAGCAAGGGACCUCACUUCAGGAGCUCCUUGUCCGUGCGGUUCAUGAAGUUCUCCCGCGAGAAGAAGGCGGCUAAGACACUCGGGAUCGUCGUUGGAGUUUUCAUUCUCUGCUGGCUCCCAUUCUUCAUCGCUCUGCCCAUCGGUUCAUUCUUCCCCUCGGUGAGGCCAUCGCAGACCGUGUUCAAGGUGGUCUUCUGGCUCGGCUACUUCAACAGCUGCAUCAACCCGCUCAUCUACCCGUGCUCGAGCCAGGAGUUCAAGAGGGCCUUCCUGCGCGCCCUGCGUUGCCACUGCCGGGAAGGGCAGCGGCGGCGGAGGCAGCCGUGGGGUCUCCACCACGCGUCGUCGACGGGCAGCAGCUACAGCGGCGGUCGCAAAGGCAGUUCCCACCUCUCGCAGCUGCACGAGGUCCACGGGGGAUGCAGCCCGGACGGCCUCUGCGAGAGGAGCCGGAGUCCCGACGAACCGUCACCGGUUUCGCAGGACAGCCUCAGAGGCUGGAGGUUGCUCAGCACCUCGAAAGCCCUGAGUGGCACCGCGCUGAUACUGGAGCGGGCCAAUUCUCCGCAGCCCGAGACGUAAUGCUGAACGAAAUUUCCGUUAAGCGAUUGUACGCGCAAGUAUAAUCCGAAACGUCGUAUGUGCUGUAUAUGUAUAAUAUAUAUUAAUUGUGAAUGUAUAUAUUGGUAUUAAUAUUAUUAUUAUGGUAAUGUGUUUUAUAGGUCACGAAGCGUGAUUAAAUUAUUGAAAAAUACAACCCGAUGUGGGGAAAAAAUACAUUCCAAACUGAAGGCAUAUGUCAACGAUUCGUCUUUGGACCACGUUUAAGUGGCAGCUGUCGCAUUUUCUCCUGGUCUGUAACGUUUACAACCAAAAGUCGCCUACAUAUGAAGAUGAUGUCGAUUAUGUGUGUUGGACUGAGAACUAUAGGCCAUCAAUUCUCGUGCGAAUUAACACAAAACCGGACGCUAAAAACAGACGUCCUUGGGAUUGUCUUGUCGGUGUUAUUUUAAGGCCCCGAUUGCAUUCUCAUUGGACGUUCAUUCGUGUAGCGUAUGCGAAAUAAGCUAUGAAAGACAUUUCAUUAGUUUUCUUGCAAUCGCUUUGACUAAUUCAUCAAAACCAAUACGCAAUGCAGAUAUAUAACCAAAUCGGUGGUGUUGAAGCCUCCUGUUUAACGAAAUAAAAAAAACUCGUCCAGAAUAAAAAAAAACACGAUGGUGCCCUCUUGUGGUCACAUAUUGCUAUUGAAUUCAUUUUGUACCGUGUUUUUGAUUGUGCACCACGGUUGCAGGGUUUGGUGUUUGAGGAUUGACAUUUUUGUUGUUGUGGCAAAGUGCAAAUUACCCCUUUAAUGGCGUUGUUUGAACUCACGACGACUUUUAAAGAAAACUGAAAACGGCAAUGUCAGUGAGCGCUUUGCGUGAUGUUGAUGUUUACGGCGUAACACGACGACUUUUAAAGAAAACUGAAAACGGCAAUGUCAGUGAGCGCUUUGCGUGAUGUUGAUGUUUACGGCGUAACACUCCAUGGCAUUAUAUGUACCUCCAAAAUGUACAAAUAUAGGUGUGCCUCGAUUUGAUAAACCGAUGUCAGACGUUGUGAAGUUGUUGAUAAGCCUGUAAGAUGUCACCUUUGUGAAUAUUGGAUGAAGUAAAACAAUAAAUAUGUACGUGUUGAAAAUAUAAAAUACUUAUAAUGAUCUUGAGUUACUCAGGAACCUUGAACAACGGGUUAUUUUGUGCUUGAUUUCAACGUUUGCAAAUAUAUAUGUAUUAACUGUGUCGAUCCACUGCAGGAUGAAGCUCUCCACGCAAAAUGUUGGUCAUGGAGGGGGCGAGGGGGGGAUUGUUUGACCAUACCUCACCGUGCUGGUCAGUGCAGGCUGCUAACGGGAAAGACAGAGUUUAGAUAUUACUCACCAACUGAUGUCAGCCGUGGCCAGGAAUCCAACUCAGGUGAUGGGUUCCGAGCCCACUGUGCAACCCACUACCCCAACGCUCUGACAUUUUAAAAUGAUAUAGCCUAUAAAUUAGUUUUCUUCAUAUAUAUGACACAUGCGUUAAUAAAAAUGUGGAUCAAAAGUUAGAACAACACGAAAAAAGAGCUCAUGUACAAAUGUUCUGUCUAAUUAACCUCAAUGUAAAUAAGAUGUCCACGAGUUAGAAUCAAACUCUUGAUGUGGGUAAUUAUGGAGCCCAUUUUAGAAGGCAUUUUUCUAAAAGCAUCUCUCCUGGCAUUAUUACUUUCAAAGGAUAUUUAAUAUACUCUCACUACUGAAUCUAAUACGGUAUGUUUACUUUUUGCUAAGACAUUACUGAAAUGACAUGAUAGUUCAAAUGGUAAUGUUUUUGAGACUCUGUAUCAAUGUUCAAGAACUGCUGUUAAAGUAAUGUUUUGUUUGUAUCUCAUUGUUGGCCUCCCUUAUUCACGAAUGCAGUUUGCGUUUCUAGUCAAUUGAAAUACAUAGGGACGCAAAUCAUAACCACGUACAGAAUAAAUAAACACCUUUUUGCAAAGCCAAUUCACAAUGUUAUUUAGCCCCACAUUAUUAUUACACGACCCUACAAUAGAAAACCACAGGCUAUAAAUGGGUGCGUGGUGCAAUCUCCAGUUAAUAUCAGAUUUAAUGAGUCCGUGCACAGCCUCCCUGUUGCUCUCUGAGUGGGAGUCUCAUUUUUAUGCUCCCUUGACCCAGAAGGUGAUGAAAACAACACGCUUGGUACAAAUUAUACACCACUGGACCUUGUAAUGCAAUCGUUAUGGAGAUACGCAGCACAGAAUGACAUUUUCUAAGCACGCAAAUAGUAAGAGGGUAGUCACUUGGGCUUCCACAUGUGAAUGACCUACACAGAUGAUCACGUGCUUGAGCUACUCGAGCUGUCGUCGAGGUUACGUUCCUGAAAAAUGUUUUCCAUUCGGCCAUGCCCCAACCGAGACAACCAGAUCUUUACCGCGCUUCCUCUGGCUGUAACACCGGAAACCAUCUGGCUGCUCUGAAGCUUAAAGAAACCCACAGCACAACCAACCACACGGUUAUGCUUUUAACAGGCAGCCUGUCCGCUAGCAUUCCUUCUUAAUACUUUGUUUUGGUAGAUUGGUGUUGCAAAUCAAAAUGCAGACAUGCUUGUUUUCCUGAAAAUAAACUGCAAUGAACGGUAUGUGUUCAGUUGAUUGUUGUGCUUGGGGAGUGGGGGGGGGUUUCCUUGGUCUUCCAUAAUCCCACCCAACUUAACAUCAUCGUUGGCCCAAUUGUUUCCACAACAGCAUACUCAUCACAAACUGGUACCAGUUUUUUUUUUCUUAAAUUCUACAAGGUGGACCAGAUGUCUUGUGACCCCCUCCCCCAUUUUAUUAUCUUAAACUUAAUAUUGGUUGCGUGCCAAUGUGUGUGAAAACUGAAAUGAAUAAGCAAAGACAUGGACCACCGUGUAUUGUAUAAAAUGUUUUUGUUCGCCUGUCAACUUGGCUCAUGAACUACUGUGCGUUGUUAAACCACGACAGUCCACGAAUUUCAAUGAGAUUUUAUUUUGUAUUUAUCCCAGGAGGCGUUUCCACGACAGAAUAUCAAAUUUCCAUUGCGGUUCAGGCUUGCUGGACAUACAGGUAAUUCAACCCAAGUGCAGUGACUCAGAAACCCACUGCAUAAAGGGUGUGCAGGGAUUACCUUCCUAGCCCUCUGUCU